UAAGAAAAAGGGAAGAGAAAGCGACAAUUUCUACCUCUUUCCUCUCGCGUCCGACAGCAAGUGCUGCUGCGAGCUACUGAACUCGACCCCCUCUCUUGUCGCGCGCGCGGCGGCCGGCCCUGAUCCGAGAAGCCAACUACCGGAUGGUCUAAGAUCUUGUCAAAUGUUCAUGUGGAGAUAGUAUGUCUGAACAACAUGAUCGUGUUAGUAAAAGCUCUAGUUCAAGCAUCAGCAGCAGCACUCAGGAGAGCGAGGAGGAAGUGUCCGUAACCAUAGGUAGCCUCCUUGCCCAAGCAAGGAACGACAGUGGACGUAGUCUCGGGAAGCGCCUCUUACAUUUGGGUUCAAUCCCGCACACUCCUCGAGUUAAUGGGGACAUUCCUGAUGUUGACAAUGCAACUUUGGAUCAUGAAAGAUUGUUGGAAAGAUUGGGCACUUAUGGUUUGGCUGAGUUUCAAAUAGAGGGAGAUGGGAAUUGCCAGUUUCGAGCUUUGGCAGACCAGAUCUUCUGCAAUCCCGAGUAUCACAAACAUGUGAGGAAGGCAGUCAUGAAACAGCUAAAGGAGUUCAGGAAACGCUAUGAAGGCUAUGUACCAAUGGAAUAUAAGGUGUACUUGAAGAAAAUGAAAAGAUCUGGGGAAUGGGGCGAUCAUCUGACCUUACAAGCGGCUGCAGACCGGUUCGGUGCCAAAAUUUGUUUGGUGACGUCAUUUAGAGACACCUGCCUAAUUGAGAUAGUCCCCAGGGAUAUGACUCCCACAAGAGAGCUCUGGCUGAGCUUCUGGUGUGAAGUACACUACAAUUCCUUGUAUGGAACUGACGAUCUCCUGACUCGCAAAACUAAGAAGAAGCAUUGGCUGUUCUAGGGCGGUCCCGAAUUCCGAGGAGCUUCCCUGAGUCCCGUCAGUUUGGCGAUGUCUGUAGUACUAUCCGCUAGCACUUACUCCCAUCCCAUGGCCAGCGUUGUAAAAUCCAAGUUGAGGCCUUGUUUAGUAGAACCAAGAAUUUGGCAGGAAACAACCACGAAAAUACCCCGUGUUCCAAACACGCCCUGAGUUUGCGUAGGCUUAUGAGCUAAAUUGUACAGCAACUUCAAUAUAUUUUGCAAAGAGAAAACAGAUUGAGCUUUUAACUUUCA